UAUCAAUUUAUUUUGGUCUAAUUUUACCUAUAUAUCAGAGUAAUCAUUUAAUACGAUAACAAUUGAACCAAAAUACCUACAAGUUUACCUCAGUGAACUGUUAAAUACACGAUUAAUCUUGAUGUAGCUCAAUGAAUUGUCACCAACGCGUUUUACUUACAUUUACCUUACCUCAGUAAACUAUUAACAUGCUUGUUUUAUGUGCGAUAUUUGCAUAGACAUUAAAGUUAUAACGAGACCGCGCAUUGACUGCUGGAUUGUAGGUCAACGGCGCCGCCAUAUUAGAUGUGUCAAUUAACUUCUUUAUUACCAUUAACUCCGUCACACACCUCAAAACAACUAUCAGGGAAUUACGUUACCUUUCACAGACGCAAAUUCCUCUGCUGUCUGGUUUGUCAAUUAUGAGGUGGAAUGUUGGGAGUGAAUAAACAAGCGGGAGUCAUGAGGAGCAGACGGAUAUAAAUGAAGGAUUUUCUCUUCUCUUCUGUCUUCUCUUCAGUCUUCAUCCUCUGCACAUCAUCUUCACAGUCUUCACAGGUGCCAUGAGUUGCCCUUCGUCUGGUCAGCAAUGUAACAAUGGUUAUCCACAAAUAGUUCAGCAGACACCUGGUGCUGUGUGGCCUACUCAACCCUACUGGCCCUGUCAACCCAACCAGCCAGCGUGGCCCAUGACUGCCGGUACAGCAGUCCCACAAACUUGGCCAGUUCAACCCAUUCAAUCAAGCUGGCCCUAUUCUCAGACAACUCUGACAAACCAGCCCAGCUCACCAUUCCAACCCAGCUCACCAUUCCAACCAAGUCCACCAGUUCAACCCAGCUCACCAUUCCAACCAAGUCCACCAGCUCAACCAAGUCCACCAUUCCAACCAAGUCCACCAGUUCAACCCAGCUCACCAUUCCAACCAAGUCCACCAGUUCAACCCAGCUCACCAUUCCAACCAAGCCCACCAGUUCAACCAAACACACCUGCUCAACCAACCCAACCUGCACAACUACCUGUCCCAUCAGGCUACCUACCAUCUCCCGUCCACCCAGCGUGGCAUGGUAAUCCUGGGCAACCGGGUUGGCCCUGUCAAGGCCCCACAGGUGGAGCGCUGCAGCCGUGGCCACCGGCACCAUCAACCGCUCCUGUUACGGUGCCCUUCAACAUGAACUUUCCCCGUGGCAUCUACGACAAACUGAUGCUGACGAUCAGAGGUCAAAUUAAACCCGAUGCUAAAAUGUUCACAAUUAAUUUCCUGCGCGGUAACGACAUCGCCCUUCACAUCAACCCACGGUUCAGUGAAGGUGGGAAACAGGUGCUCGUGCGUAACCAUAAGGUGGGCGAGCGCUGGGGUCAAGAGGAGCGUGACCUGCUUGCGCCUUUCCCCUUCACACCCGGACAUCACUUCGAGAUGAAGAUUCUCUGUACAGUCACGGAGUUCAAGGUCGUGGUGAACAACACGCCCGUCUUCAACUUUAAGCAUCGCAUCAUAGAAGUGAAUCAGAUCGACCGCCUCAACAUCCUGCAUGACGUCACGCUGACAUCAGUCAACCUCGACUCACUGCCCUGAUUGGAUUGAAAAGAGUUUUCAUUUAUGACUCGAUGUAUGACCCUGAGAUUUUGUUCAAAAUAAUGCACAUUUCUGGCAGCUCAGCACAUCUCCUUUUGACUUAACAUUCAUUUAUACAUCUAAUAUAUAAUACUGCUCUUUAUGUACACAGACAGAUGGAUGGCUAAUGUAUAGUUUACAGGAGAUUUGCAAUA